GGAGAUGACCUUGGCAUAUUCAGUCACUCUGUUGGACAUGCUGGCACGGAAAGGCGAUCGUGCGAAGGUGUUGUUAGCACGAGAUUUCCUCAUGAAACACAUUCAUGAUCAAUCGAGAAGGAGGAUGAACGUUCGACUCAUCAACACGAUGACUGUGGCCCUUGUUUGUUGUGCAUUGCCUGUUGUUUACCUGUUCUUAUGAGCAUCAUAAAGAUUUAUUUGAGAAAGAAAAUAUUUCCUAUCAUAAUUAGUACAGUGUGUGUGUGUGUGUGUGUGUGAAGAUGGCGUACUGGGCUACGCAUUUCCAUAGGAGUGAUGGUGAUGAGGCCUCCCUCAAACACAUGCAAAGCAUGCGGAAUGACAUUAUCGAGAUGCAAUCGGUUGUGGGGAACGAUGACACCGAAAACACCUUGGUUCAUGAUGUGGAGAAACUGAAAGAGGAGAAAGCCGAUGAGAGUAAAGUGGAAGAUGUGGAAAGCAGAUCUACGCGCUACACAGAUCAAGCCAUAGCAGCUGAUGAGCUGCACGUGAAAACAGAUGGAUCCGUGUCCAUGGAUGCUAACCUCGACAUGAACGAGCAUUCCAUCUGUAAUUUGGCGUACGAUGAUAGUUCUUUGACAUGUGCUGUCCCUGCCGGUUGGGUCAAGAAUGAAAUCCGUCAAUCCUCAUCGAGAUUGCAACACGACAUCGACGCUGUGCGCAAGAUGAAAGGACCUCGUGGUGAUCGGGGAUUGGGAUGGCUUAGUGGAGGUGGCAUGCCACUGAACUCGGUAGGGAGAAAUGGUGACUUCUACCUCGAUGCAACCACGCUGAUCGUGUACAAGAAAUUCAGCUCGAAAUGGAUGGCUUUCGGUCGGCUUCAUGGAUCAAGAGGUGAAGCUGGUCCACAUGGAGAACGCGGAUUGAUCGGUCCUGAAGGCGAGACUGGACCUAGAGGAGCUGAUGGGCAAGGGGGUGAACGCGGUCAAAAAGGUGAUCAAGGAAUACCUGGUCCAGAAGGUCCCAGAGGUGAAGUUGGACCACGUGGAGAACGUGGAUUGGUCGGUCCUGAAGGCGAGAUUGGGCCUAGAGGAGAAGAUGGACAAGACGGCCCACAAGGUGAACGUGGUGUGCAAGGUGAUCAAGGAACCACAGGUCCCGUGGGUCCCCAAGGAACCAUCGGUGCAACCGGUCCUCCAGGAAACAGAGGUCCUGUGGGCCCCCAAGGAAUCGUCGGCCCCAUAGGUCCUCCAGGAACCAGAGGCCCCAUGGGUCCGCAAUCAAAUCAGAACCUAUCCGAUCCGUUUCAUCUACUACCUCACAUUCGGAGAAACGCCUACCUCUACAUAUACUCUCAUCCUAGCAGAUUUGAAUCCGUCACCAGGGUGAGCAGAAACAGAUACAGAGGGAUAAAUCUCGUUGACAUGAAGGACAAGAGAAUCAACGUGAACAACAUAGACAUGUUCCGAGACGAUCACUUCUACCUCAACAUUACACAUCACCAGCAAGUUUCCAUUAGAGAACGAUUCGUCAAUCUGUUUCACGACAACAUGUCUUUUGCAAUGUUCCAAGUAAUUCAAGUGGACGCACCUGACCCUAGAAACAUGGCAUUGAAGGCAUUCGACAUCGAUACUGUCGGAAAUUUCAGCUUGGAUAGUUUGUACGUGUUGUUCACUGCCACCCACAUAAGUGGCAACUACUUCACGGGUUCCGGCCAUUCAUCAUUCAACCUACCCGUUUCGUCUUUAGUCAGCCAAUUAUCGGCGGCUUUGGAUAAGCCUGUGUCGAGCAUGACGGAUCUCUUGGGUACAAAGUGUGUCAUAAGUUACGCUCGGAAUUCAGAAGGCCUAUUCACUCUAUACGUAAACUCCUUUUUGAUACAUUCCAACUUAGCCACUGACCCAUUUUCCAGGACCAAUGGAAUCGAAGAUUGCAAUUAUAGCAUUGGUGGUACUCAAUUCUUCAACGGCACUUCAUCAAAGUUGUUCUGUCAUUUGCACUUUGCAGAGAGUUUAUCUUCUCAUACAAUCCAGCGCAUACACACAGAACUCAUGACACACUACAAUAUCUAGCACACAUAUAUAGCACACAUGCUACACUACAUUCUUGAGAUGAAAAAUAAAACCUAUCUAUAGUAAUCAUCAUCACAUCACCAGAAUGUCUGUGAUAUUGACAGUGGCGAACAACACGUCGGGAGUGAGCAGGGGAUUGCACAAACCGAACUUUACUCUAAAUGUGAAGGGCCUCGAUACGCGCGAUAAAGUCCUGCAUGUUGAAUCGGCUCAGUUUGAAGUACACUUUGAGAACAUAGACGAGGCAACGAACAAACUCUAUGUGGUACAUGGUGUAGAAGAAGAAGAAGAAGAAGAAGAAGAGGAUAGACUUUCCAUCAAGACGGGAACAUACAGCGAUGUAGACGAUUUGGCGUCUAUUAUCAAUGCCACUCUGAAACGAGCGGGACACGGAGACAUUGUGUUUUCCUACUCUCGUCACACCAGCCGCAUAAGUGUCUCGGUACCCAGGAAUAAACGGUGCUUGUUGAAGAAGGACUCACCCGGAUUGGUGCUGGGUGUGGGCACUAUUCUCAAGCCAUACACGAUCGAGGGAUCUCACACGUUCCCGUUCGCUGUGGAUCUGACAAAAGGCAGAAGACUUGUCCUGCUCUACACCGACCUCAUUGGACCUGCUGUGGAGUACGAAGACAAUACUGAUUCGAGGGUGCUGAAGACUUUUCUUAUUCAAACCCUCAACGGUUUGAAUAACUACGUGUUCGGGAAAGAAGACAAACGAUUGCUGCUUCCACACGAAAACGUGACUAGCAUUUCGUUCUGGUUGAAAUUCAACACCGGUGAACACAUCACUUCCGGAUAUCCCGUCUACCUUGAUCUUCGGAUCACCAACACAACUACUUAGAUGGAUCUUCCAGAUGUUCGUGUCCGUCACGUACGUGACAUGGUGGAGGAUAUAGCAAAACGAAAGAAAUUGGAGAGCGAAAAGGUGCGUUGCCGGGAGAAGUACGUAAUUUACAACACUGCAAUCUUGUCCUUUCUCAUACUCAUUCAAACCAUUCUCAAUAUCCUUCAAGGGAGUGGUGUCGUAUCUGGAGAACAUCGC